CUCUAAAGUGUAACACUAUAUAAAUACUUGCCCAUCUAAAAAUACUAGCUCAGUUAAUCACGUACUUACGAAAGUUAAAAUGACUUCUUCAAAUUCUUCAGGUUUUCGGGCGGCCGUAUUACAGUUGACCGUCACGGCUGACAAAUCAAAAAACAUAGCCAUCGCUGUAAAACGUAUACAGCAAGCAAAGUCAAACGGUUGCACACUAGCCGUAUUACCGGAAUGUUUCACUACACCAUACGAUAAUGCUCUGUUUAGAAAAUACGCUGAAAUAAUUCCCGGUGGUGAAACAUGUAACGCUUUGUCACAAGCUGCCAAGUCGAAUAAAAUUUACGUUGUAGGUGGUUCAUUCCCAGAGUUAUGUGAUGAAAACGUCUACAAUACGUGUACAGUUUGGGAUCCGAAUGGAAACCUAAUAGCCAAACAUAGAAAAGUGCAUUUAUUUGAUGUAAAUAUCCCCGGUAGUACUUGCUUCAAAGAAUCGAAUGCUAUGUCUCCAGGAAAUACACUUAAUACGUUCCAAUUGGGCAAAUUUAAGGUCGGACUGGGUAUUUGUCAUGACAUGAGAUUUUCGGAAAUGGCAGCAUUAUAUCAAAAACAAGGAUGUGAUUUGUUGAUAUAUCCUGGUGCUUUUUGUACGGAGCUUGGACCACCACAUUGGAGCUUAUUGAUUAGAUUCAGAGCAUUGGAAAAUCAAACAUUUGUAAUUGCUGCUUCGCCGGCCAGGGACACUACAUCUAAUUACGUAGCAUGGGGACAUUCAAUGGUUGCGGAUCCGUGGGGUAAAAUUGUAGAAGAAGCUAAUGAAAAGGAUAUGGACUUAUAUGUAGAUCUUGAUUUUACUCUUCGGGAAAACAUUAAACGGCAAAUACCUACUGGAAAUCAAAGAAGAACUGACAUAUACGAUACAAUUGAUAUGAAAAAUAUAAAGUAAUACCUAUUACGUAUUGACUGAGACCAAUGCAUUUAUACAUAAUCUUAUUGUAAUUGGUAUUUUUGGAAAUCGGAACACGUUGGACAUUAUUUUAAUCAUAUUUUAAUAUGCAAUUUACUAGUAUAUUAGUACGAAAAAAAAUGUUAAAACUCAUUUUUAAAUUAAAUAAAAAGUAAAUAGGCAUCUAGUAU